GACAACACUUCUCUUCAGCCGUCGCCUUGUCCACUUCUUUGUUUGUUGACCUUCCUCGUCAAAGAAUAGAUCUAGUCAAACCAUUUUGAAGGGAGCGCUACUGUAGCUAGCUACCGUAACUGGGUACCGUACUUCUGACAGGUGAAUGUCCUUGCUGAAGAAAGAGUUGAACCACAGCAGCUGGGGAAAGCAAAACUUUGCGAGAGAGUUCCAGAGAGAGUGACAGUCCACAGCCAUGCCGCCCGAUAGACGUCCACCGACGAGACGAAGGCGGAAGAAGAAGAAGACAACUGCAAGACCCAAACUUGCGUACUUGAAGGACUUUUGCAAAGAAGACGACGAGUUCAAGAUUGACUUGGAGGGGUUUCAAGGAGACUCAGUCGACAAUCUGCAGGAAGAGCCACUCAAGAAAACACCACAACAACAGCAGCCACAACCAGUACAUGUAUCUGUGCUCCAGCUCCUUUUCCAGCGCGAACUUGGAGGACGGAGAGCAUCGUCCAUGAUUGUCAAAUCCUUACAAGCCGACAACAAUCAUUAUUGUAAGCCGCGCAAAGGUUACCGGUCCUUUGCGCAACGGUCGAUGCCAUUUUCAAAGCUAAGAACACCGCCCAGUGAUGCCAUACUCGCCAUUGAUCGCUAUGGAGCCUAUGCGGUCGCUCUCAGUGACAUGACCUUUGGUGGACAAGAACAACCGUCAGACGACAAUGACACACCUGCUCUUGCAUUGAGAUUCUAUGGAAUACCCAGCCCUGCAAACCUGAAAGGAAUUCGUUCCUUGGGGGACAGCCGACAGGGAACACUGCCCGCCACGGCACCACUUUUGCAAACGGUUCCUCUUCUCCCAAGCGACCAGCGUGGCUCCAGAGAAGUGUUGGUGCAGUCCAUGGUGGUAUCCGCUCGGGCAGAUUUCAUCGUAUCGAGUGAUUGGAAAGUAGGCGUGGCGUUUGUCAGGAAGAGACCAAAUCCAGGACGACGACAACAACAGCAACAUCAGCAACAGGGAAACGUUGUCAUUUUCUCCUUGCCCGGGAAUAGCAGCAGCAACAAUAUUCAAACCUUGGCAUGUUCGGAGGCUUCUGCCAAGUGUCACACCAUGCGCAGUCUCAUGUGGGCUGUCCAUCAAAUUCCAUACAAUGCAAGGGAGAACCACAUGCCGAACCAUGAAUCAUCAAUCUGCGACUCCAUCUUGGAUCAUCCUGGAUAUCUGCUCUUCAUUUUGGAAGGCACAGGCUUUCGCUUGACGUGGAUUGACGUUGACCGCUGGAACCGUGAUGUAGAAGAUGCAUGUGUCAAGCCAGUGUUGCCGCUGCCACAUCUGACGACCAGCCACGACAACAGACGCAAUAAUAAUGUCAUCAUGGACAGUAUUUCCAACUCGGACGAAUGGAAACAACAAGGAUUCGACAAUACUUACAAGGGCACAGACGAUGGUGUGUCUGGUUCCAAUAAUACUAAUGGUGGUGGCUUGAGGGUUGCCUUUGAAGCCAGGCUCAAUGUGAAAGUCCUGCUGGGGGAAGUGCUGAUGAGCUACAACAUGACACAAGCCUUUUCCGAUGAGGAUGACGGUGUGUUGCCGGAACACCACUUUAGUUUCAACAUCCAGUCAGUCAACGAUGGGGGACGUUCAGCCAACCUGGUUGUUGUGUUCAAGUCGAAGAACAGCGAGGAUAUGGGGAUGCGGGGUGUCUUUAUCACACUAGAUGUAUUUACACAGCACUACAGGGUGACGGGAUGGGUCGAAAAUAAGGCCGCUGCCAAUAACCAACCAUCGUUGCAAAGACAAUGCAAUGCACUUACGUUGAGCAGGAGAAUGCGAGAGCGUCGUUUGGGGCCCUAUUCUGUACGACCCAACGAUAGAAAAGAUUAUGGCUACCUUUGCGAAGAGAGACCUACCUUUGAUUUUGAAAUGGAACGGGACAUCUCACCUGCUGAGUGGGAACCAUUCUGUGAGAUGAUGGAUCAAGCCAGAAAAGAGUCCAACGGUGGGGGCGGCGGGGUGGGCGUGAAAUCCAAGAUCAUUCCGUUUGCAUCCCUCUACCCUCAUUGUGACUUCUUCACGAAUCGUACGCUUCUUACAGCUCAACCAUCUCCAGUAUUGAUUGGGCGAAAGAGUCCGCUGAAACUAGUCUAUUGCUAGCUGACAUGGUGACACAACAUGAAUGCAUGGCAAACGGGGGUGAGCAUUUACAAAUAGAUGCAGGAUUGAAACAUUUUACUAGAUCGGAAAGCAGCAUUGAAACAUUCUAUUGACUGCCUCAUCCUACCGCAUCAGCCACUGCCCGGAGCAUAUCUACUUUCGAUUUGAACGAAGGCCUGCACAUCACACGAGGAUUGACACGUUUUGUCAACAAGUCUCGGCAACUGUGGCGGUCAUGAGAUGCUCAAACAGGGACUUGCUUCCCGUUCAAGGGCACUGAGCUUUGGGGGAGCGUAGAGGGCGGCGCCCGUGCACCCAGGCCAUAACGAGUACCCUGGCACAGACUAGCUAGGCAGAGGCUCGAUUUUGUUCGUGUUGGCUUUCAUUGUUGGCUACAUAUCGGUACCGGUACAUGUACAGAGGGCCGGUAGCUCUAGCUAGCUGGGCUGCCCAGCCAGCCAAAUACAGUAGACCAGUCCCCUCUGAAGGGAUUCGAUUCAUUCUUCUGACAGCGUCAACAUCCAUCAUCAUCCAUAUGUGAAAUGGGAUUUUGCCGACAUGCAUUGAAUCCAAAAUGCAAGGUGCACGCUUGGAACCUGAACAGAAAAAGAACGAGAACACCAUUUUUGGAAAGGCAAAGUCGACCUUCACCAAUUUUUUACCCGAGCGCCCAAGCGAGAGGUCCGCUUGAGAACAGUACCAGGUACUUUUACGGUAGUACCAUUAAAAAGCGUGACGUCUCGUAUCCCAUUGGUAUUCAACUUCUUAAAAGGACGAGUCCUGGAUACCUGACUCCUGAGGCGGGGUCCUAACCAGCUAUUUAUACCUCUUUAUUCCUCCCUUCGUUCGUGAAAUCUAUUUAACUGUUAAAAUCGGCUUGCUUUCCAUCC